GUGUGGGAGAGGAUCCCAGAGUGGCAGAGCUGGACAAUUGCAGAGAUUGGACUAUAGGCGAGCCACGACCCAUGUGCGAGACUGCAAUACGGAAGGUCUGCAGUGCGCGAGGUCAAUACGAGACACCUCAUCUCAAUGACUGUCUCUAUCUUCAAAUGUGUGGUUUCACCUCUAUCGGUGGGCUGCAGGCGUACUCAGGCAUUCACUCGUUAUUCCUCAUGAGUAACCAACUUCAUCGCAUCGAAGGGCUAGAUUGUCUCUGCCGUUUAAGGAUGCUUUACCUCAACAGCAAUGGACUCACUCAUAUCGAAGGCCUUCAGCACUGCAAAAACUUGGAGUAUUUAAAUAUCAGCAACAACCGUAUUCGUACUGUGAUGAACCUCGAAGAGCUCACCAGUUUGAAGACUCUCAUCGUCGCCAACAAUCAUAUAUGCAACAUUGCAUCUGACCUCAGCCCUGGAAUUUCGCAAAUACCAUGGCUCCUGAGCCUUGAUGUAAGCUACAAUCUGUUGGAGGCAUCACCCACAGAGGGAACGGAGAACGGAACGGAGUUGAUCAGUUUUCUGCAGAGUUGUUGUCCGAAACUGAACGACUUCUAUGCAUACG